AGGACUAGGCUGUGGUAGGGAUAAAUGGUGUGACGGGUUUCAUAGCUGUUUACACUUGAACCACUUUCAUCACUAGCGUAAGUCUGACAGCGGCACAAAUGGCGGGUCGCUGGGCCAGUGAUGGCUACUCGUUGACAUGGACACUGGUGUUAGGGCUGACAGUCAUUAACUCUGUAUGCCCUGCUAAGGACGAAGCAGUGCUUACAAAUUGCACCGCCAAAUACCAGCCUAACCUGCAGUGUGAAGUGUUAGAGAGUUUGAUGUGUCCUCGUCUUGAGAAAGAACCACAGAAAUGGCCUGCUCCUCCAACAGACUUCACUGUGGGAACAUUCGUGGAUGAGAUUCUCAUGGCAGUCAAGAAUAAAACUGGCAAAAGAGUGUUUGUCAUGCCAGGAUUGAAGUUUACCUGGAAACUACCUCAGCACAGCGGUGCGGAAAUGAUUACUGGAUUUGAAGUGUCCUUGCUGUACACAGGUGGGAAGUUUCUUGGGAGAAAAUUAUGCCUAACCUUUAACCUCACAGGAACGGUUACUGACCUUACAACGGUGUUUGAAUACAAGUUGUUCCCUGUUGCAUACAGAACAAAGAUUCUGAUAUUGCUGUACAGUCUUCCAAAGCCUCACCCAGACUUUGACAAGUGGAAUUAUGUAACACAAGAAGUGAAGACACCUAGUUUUUUGUAUAAAGACCAUUUGGUGACGGCGGACUGGGUGUUUGGGAUGAACAAGGCAAAUGACUCCUGUAAGCGACAAGUGACCUGCAGUUUUACGGUGCCCCCUCCAGAGUUGAAUAUAACGGUUGUGGAUGUGCAUCUGCUGGAGAUUGGAGAGAAGGACUACACUGAUACAGUUAGAGUUCAUCUGCCUAAGCAUGUUGCGGCUUUUGAAGAUGUUGAGCCAGGUUCCUAUGAGCUUCGGCUGGAAAUAGUGGACGAGCAUUACAACAGUGUAGAUCAUUGUCUGUGUAGGAACAGCCAAGGGGAAUGUUACAGAUGUAUGAUGACCACAUCAGACACUUUUACUAUAGAGCACAACCACAGUGACUGUCCUGUUACUGGUAUGCCACCAGUUAGAACCACACCUGAUUGGACUUCAGUCAGUGUGGAAGUCUCUCCCGGGGCGCCUACCACCAUGAAGGACGUGACCAGGUUGAAAAAUGUCAUAGGAUCAGUUACAGGUGUUCUGGCAGCAGUUCUUUUGAUUAUAGUCCUGGUCUUCAUAGUGCAGAAAUAUGACCUGAAGUGCUGGGGGAAGCCUCACCUGUAUGAAGUUGACCCGAAUAAACCACCUCCUAGUUUUUCACCUGAAAACAUUAAUAAUAACACCACAAAGGCUAUUCCCAUGCUUCGUCAAAGGGUGAUCUACCUGGUGUACACGGACGACCACAGCUACCACCAGAGAGCAGUAAAGCUGUUGGCCAAAUACCUGAAGAAGUACUGUAAAUGUGAUGUCCGCUACCCAGCUUGGUGCUUGCAAGAGAUUCAGACAAGAGGCACCAUCACCUGGGUUCUCCAGAUGAUACAGGAAGCCGAUUAUGUCAUUGUCAUAAACUCGGAAGGAGCAUUUAAGAUGAACCAGGCUCGCAAGGACAGCAGUACCCCAUGUAAGUUUAAUGACAGCCCCAUAGGUGACAUCUUCACACCUGCCAUCACCAACAUCAUUGCCAACUUUUACAAGAAUAAGGACUACAAGAAGUACAUCAUGGUGCAGUUCCACUACACCGAUGAUAAGUUCCAGAUCUCGGAGAUCUCACCUGGAUACGGGUAUGUGCUGAUGAAGCACUUCCGUGAGCUGAUCUGCCACAUCCAUGAGAUCAACACAGAGAAUCACGAUUUGACCCUGAGCGUGUGCCUCCCGUUGCAGCCCGAUGCCCAUGCACAGACCGAGGAGGGGCGUGAGCUCUUGCAGGAGAUCAAUGCGGCACAGGCCUUCACCAAAGCUUUCCCUAACUGGUUUGAAGACAUGUAUGUCACUGAUGAGGACUGUUUUGACUCUGGCAUGAGCUCGUUACCUGUAGACUCCUUCCCAGACCACCUGAGAGAGCAGAUCCAGCGUGAGUGUGUCCAGAACUUGCUACGCUAUCCUCCACCGACUGGGGACCUCAUCUUCAACACUGACCUCAGCACUGACCUUGAAACUCUUCACUUGCCACAGCGCAACGACUGCGAUGCACGCUCGAUCACACAAAGCCAGGUGACCUAUGACCCCCCGGUUGACCUUUACAGCGUGUCCACUUCCGAUCUGGGGCUGCGAGGUCAUCCCUCAUCAUAUGAGACUAUCGAUCAUCUCGGAGGUCACCCACUGGCAGGGCUGGGUGGGGGUGGCGAUUUAAAGGAGCACUGCGGUGGCCUACAUGGGGUCCACUCUGCAGAGUCAUGUCUGCGGGACUCAGGAAGAACCUCCCAAGGCAGCGGCUUCAGUCAGCCUUAUAGUCACACAGGACCCUUCAACAUCUCCACAGAAACUGCCAGUUUUAUUCCACCAGCUGACGACGACAGCGUCUUAGACAAUCCUUAUACUGGGUACCAUCGUGUCCAUUGCGACAGUGGUCAGGUGUUAAAGGAAAAGGGGACCGCAGAUAUCCCACCGUUAAUCCUCUCUGAUAAUCUCAGCUGGGACGCCAUGAGUGUGUGAAGCAGUGCACAUGCACUAGGGAAACAAAGCUGUCUCAAGGGCAGUGAACUACAUUCAGCAUACUUUACAAUGCUUCACUGAAAAUAUGUACAGCAUAUUACAGUGUGUGGGGAACUCAAUUUCAUAAGUGCUCAGGGCAUUCACACAUGUGUGCAAGGAACAUUCAUUAACAGAUUUUAAUCGUAUACACUCCAAACAGAUGGCAUUCAGGCCUAGUGAAUGUCUUUUUAGAAUCUGAGCUUCUUAAUGGUGAUAGUAAGAUAAUUUGCAUCAGUUUGGUAUGAAAACUAGUUUAAAAUGAAAGAACAUUAAUCUUAAGGUGAGAAAAGAGCACACAGAGAUAACAGACUUAACUGUCAGCACUGAGAACCAUCAGUAAUCUAGUUCCUUCUGAACCCAUUUCCAGAUGGCAGUUUGAAAUCCAUUGUUACCAGAUGUCAUUGUAUGUUGCCUGUGGAAUGUCUUUGAUAUUUUGAUGGACCAGUAGUGAUGGAUUUGUAAGCAAGUUAUAAACUGUAGGCCUUAAAGGCUCUCUAAUGCAUAGAUGUAGGUAGCCCUGAAGGUGAGCUUCAAAGUUAUUGGAUGGUGUGUUGCCAGGAACACAAAGAGUUGCUAAAAUGUGGAAGUCGCAGACAACUGCCUGACAGUUUUUAGGUAUUUAGUACUAUGGGUAGAUUGAGGUCAUCGUAGUCGUUAUUUGGUUAUGUACCUGUUUGGGUGCUAUGCGUAUUGUAUUGACUCAGCAGCCGAUAGCCAUUAAGGGAGUGCAUGGCCAUCAUCAUUGUCGGGCCAAUUAAAAGGCCUUAUGCCAUAAAGUAAAAAUCAUUGACUAAUUGUAUUAUAAUCGUGAUCAGUUUUGUGAAUUUGUGCGUGUUUAUACACGUGAAAAAUGUUCUUGGCAGUGUGAAUAUCCAUCUUGUCCCACAUGCUCAGGAGCUUGUACUUGAUCUCAAGCAUGGCACUCCAUUCUGAACAUUUAUGAUCUUGAACUCAACAACCCAUUCCUGCCAUUUUAUAUUUGAGCUGGUCCAUUGGUGAGCUCAUCAUUGGUGUGAGAUUGUUAUAAGUUGAUGAACUGUCCUGUUUGUCAUUGACAUAGGUCUGUACAUGCUACAUGUACGUACGUCUGUGAGUUUGAACCAACUGGAUAAACCAUUUCCUGAGCUUUGGUCUUGAAUAAGCUUUUAAAUUUACAAAUCAGAAGCUGUUCAUAGAGGGUGUCUGGGAGCUGUUCAGUGGGAAAGAUGUAAUCCAUGUGUUCAUUUAAUUUUGUGCUCAGCUGAAAAAUCUCCUGAUAUUUCAGCUACUAAAUAUCCUUCACAAACCGAUACUUUUCCAUGAAGUACUUAGACUUGUACAUGUGUCUGCUCAUGGAUAUAUUCUCACACGAUUUGCUGUACAUUUUUUGUUGUUUGUUUGCUUAUGAGAAUGUACAUUGACGCUUCAUUGUCGACUAUGUUUCUGUUACCUUGAUAUUGUAAUAGGUAUUAAAAUAUAUUAAUUAUUCUGUUCAUCUCAUACAAGUCCAUUUUGAGUCCCAGGCUUACUGUUUGAUACCGGUAUAGUUUAUUUUUUUUUAUUAAAUUUGGCAACAUGACAUUGAGAAGAUUGGGUAUAUUAAUCAAGUUUGACUGAUCAGAAGGUGCCAAUUGUACAGGUCUUACAUUGUCUUAACAGAAUGUUGGUUGAUGCUAAAACUUGUACAUAUAUUAUAUAGUAGACUGUCAGUGUCUUGUUCCAGGCAUCUGUAUCUACUUAAAACAUAACAGAACUUUGCACCGAACUGUGUUUUUGGUGCCUUGUAACCCACAUCUUAUAGUGCUAUAAAUGGUCUUCCUGUGAAUAUGUGAUCACAACAGAUUCAUUUGAAUACAAGUGUUAUGGUUUUCUGUUAUAUAUGUAUAUUUAAUGUCUGAAGCAAUUAUACCUGUAUAUCUUACGUGUAUUAUAAAAAAAAGGACAUAUUGUAAUUCUUCAACCUUAUCCCAUGUUUGCAAGGUGUUUAUUUAAGCAUAUUCUGAGGAUAUUGUUCUGUGUAGGCUGAUAAAAUUACAUUUUUUGUGAAGCCCUGAAACUGGCCAAUACUACUAAUAAAUUUUUUUUCUCCAAAGUUAAUUGAAAAAGGUUCAUAAAUUGCACUGAAAGCUGGUCUGUUAUAUGCGAAAAGUUUGAAGAAUUAUGGUAAAUAGAAAAUGUAGUAUCAUAUAGUAAAAGCAAACCUGCUGGAGAAGUUACUUUGUAAUGAUAGAAUUUUAGAGGCUGUGUGAAUUUUGUGUAGUUAUAGAACAUAUUCACUAAUUAACUAUGUAUCAUUAUGAAGCAUAAUUACUGUUCUACUUGUGUUACAUUGUAAAUGAUGUUAUUUGUAGCAUUCAAAUUUAAAUGGGUCACUUCAAUAAUACUGACCUCUGACACCAUAUCAAAGUCAGGACAGAAAGCACUCUUAUUAGACAAAUCUCUUAUACAGAACAUGGACAUUUUUAUCUCGUCACAAUACUGUGGCAUUUGACUUCUGUAAGAAAUGCAUUAACUGUCAUUGGUCAUUAUAUUUGGGGUAAAUGGAAGCAUAUACAUAACUUACAACAGAAAGAAGGACCUCUUCUUGCCUCACCACGUAAUAAUUCUGUUCAUAAUUGGUUGGUGGUCAAAGGGCAUGUGCUAGAAAUCUUUUUCGGGGGGAGGGGGGGGGGGGAUUUG